CUUGGUAUUUUUUGUUUAUGGUGAAAACUAUUGAAACAACGCUAACAGAACUUUCGUACACAGUUUUUCAAUGAAAUUACGUUUUGCAAUAAAAAAAACAUUUUAAAAAGUAUUUAAGAUUAAACCAUGUCGCUUAAGGUAACAACAUUGUGUCGAACAUGUCUAGCGUUAGACGGAAUUCUUUCUAUCUACGAUAACAAGGGUUCUGACGGCAGUGGGUGCAUAGCAGACAUGCUAAGAGAUAUAGUAAAUGUUGAAUUCAAAAAGGGCGAUGGAAUGCCAGAAAAAGUGUGUAUUACAUGCAUCAGCGAAAUAAAUCGUUGUUAUUCCUUUAAGAUGAAAUGCGAUAACUCGGAUAGAACUUUAAGGCAACUGCUCAAUAUUUCCAAUAAAGAUAAGCUCGUAAUAUUGCCAAAACUUAAAACAAAACAAAAAAUGGAAUAUUCAAUUGAUUCAACAUUUUUAACAAAAUUUGAUGGUGAAGGAGACAAGCAAAUUAAAACAAAUCUAGCAAAUGGAAACGCUCAAGUUCAAAAUAUUAACUGCAUCUCAAAAAUGAUAGAAAACAAUUCCACUCAAACUGAAAAUGAAACCUUUCCUUUUUCUAUUAUACAUUCAAAAGACAAUAGAGUUUUGGAAGAUGAUGAUAAAAACCAAGAAAUUCUAGAUAACGAUCAGAAUUCUGGCGACUACAGCAUAAUUUUUACAAAAUUCGUGCAAGAGUCACAUGAAGAUGAAGAGAACCAAAAAAUGAGUGAAGAAGAAGCUAUCCAAAAGGAACCAUCGCUUUCUUUAAUAGUCGAAAGCUCUUCGAAAGCGACAAAGAUGGAAUCAAAAUGUUCCAUGUGCCCGAUGUCUUUUGUUCAUAAUAGGAAUCUAAAAAAACACAUGGCAAAGAUUCACAACGUAGAAAUAACAUCUAUAUUUAAAGACGACAUUUUAGAACCGUAUCACGAAGAAGACCUUGACCUUUUUCAAGAAGAAGUUAGAAGCAGAGACGAUGAAGAGUACGACUUGCAGUUGAUUGAAAUCGAUGAGAACAUUGUAAAAGAAGAAUCGCCGGUUAUUAAUCAGAAUCAGAAUAUAGAAAAUCAGGUUAAGGAGUUACGUUGUCCACGGUGUAAAGCUCUCUUUGCAAUGCAUUCUUCCCUCAACAUUCACAUUAAAAUGAACAAAUGUACAAAACCACAGUUCUCAUGCUUGGAUUGUCAGAAAGUGUUCAUUUCCUUAUAUGCUUUGAAAGAACAUAUGAAAACCCAUAAAUUCUUUUGCGAUACUUGCGGCGAAAACUUGAAUAACAAAGAUGAAUUAGCUCAACACCGUGUGGAACACCAAGGAUUAAAUCCUAAACACCAAUGCCCAAACUGUAGAAAAGUUUUCACUAUGCGCUCAACUCUUAACGACCACAUGCGAAUUCAUACUGGAGAAAAACCAUUUGUUUGCGAUGUGUGUGGUAAGGCCUUUAAUCAGAAUGCGAACCUCAAGCAGCAUGUUAUGCGUCAUAGCAAAACGAAGCCUUUUAAGUGUGACCAAUGCCAUCGAUCGUUUGUUAGUAAAGGAGAACUUUAUGCGCAUAUGCGGAGCCACAGCGGAGACCAACCUUUCCGAUGUGACAUCUGUCCAUCGGCUUUCACAACAUCGAGUUCCUUAGUCAAACAUAAACGAAUUCACACCGGAGAAAGGCCAUAUUCUUGUGACUUCUGUCCGAUGCGGUUCACUGCUUUAAACACACUCAAAAAUCACAGGCGAACACACACGGGCGAAAAACCAUACAAGUGCAAGUUCUGUCCGCGAGCAUUCGCCCAAAAAAGUGAUUCUACUAUCCAUAUGAGAACUCAUACUGGCGAACGUAGACAUAGUUGUAAUAUUUGUAAUAUGAAGUUCCAGCAGUCGAGUACCCUACGAACCCACUUGAAAACACACAAAGGUAAAGCAUCACAAUCGCAACGAAAAUUUGUAGAGCAAAAGGAGUUAGACCAGGAUGGAAUUGAAGGUGAGCAGAAUGAACAAGAAGGAGAACAAAGAGAAACAACUGUUCCAUCGGAACGUAUAGAUAUAAGUCAAGAUGAUCUUUUACGAUAUAAUAUUGAGGAAUGCGAUAGCGAAAAUGGUGUCUUCAGUGAAGAUGGAGCAUAAGCUAUAUAAAUAAUAUUUUUUGUUCAAACGUAUUUAUUAAAUAAAAAAAGAAGAUUAUAAUUAAGUAUAUAAAGGGAAGCUCCUUGUAUGGCUUAUUAAUUCUAAAAAGCAUAAUACGCAUGUGUACAUUGUACAAUUGUCUUGUUGUACUUAUAUUGUUACCCUUCAUUGUUUUAUGGAUUUAUAUCCAUAUGUAAUCAAGCAAUGUUUUUUUCAUAUUGAGUGACGAUACAAAUUGGUCAAAUGUUUUGCCUUUUGAAAAAGAUGUUUAAAAGCCCUUUUA